AUUCGGAGACAGGUGGGUGUGCGUGAGUCUCCCCACUUAUUGCACACCGCGCCAAUUAACCCUCUCUUUUCCUCAAUCAACUCUCUUCUUCUUCUUCUUCCUCCCUCCCUCUCAUUGUUCACGUUCCCCCAAAACUUCCAUAACCUCUCUCUUCCUCUAAAACCCUAAUCAAAUCCUCAGCGCCAAUCGGACAAAUUAAUCACUCGCGCCCUCUCCAAUCCAAUCCAAUCAUUGCAUAUCUGAGCAAAAGCCUGGUUCUUUUCCACGCCUGCGAUCCAAUUCCGAGUGUUGCGUCGAUCCGAGGGGCCAGGCGCUAUUGGAUCGGAUCCGUUCCGAGCUCAAUUUGAGGGCUUUGUUUUUUUAUUUCCCAAGUUCGGGGGGGUUUUGCGUGUUUGGAUUGGGAACCAUGGAUUCGAGUCGGAGAGCUGUGGAGUCGUACUGGAGGUCUCGGAUGGUCGAUGCAGCUACGUCGGACGAAGACAAGGUCGCUCCGGUUUACAAAUUGGAGGAGAUUUGCCAGCUGCUCAGGUCCUCGCCUGGCAGUAUCGUCAAGGAGAUGUCUGAGUUUGUGUUGAAGCGUCUCGACCAUAAAAGCCCUAUUGUUAAACAGAAGGCCCUGCGAUUGAUAAAAUAUGCGGUGGGAAAGUCUGGUGUAGAGUUCAGGAGAGAAAUGCAGAGACAUUCAGUGGCUGUGCGCCAGUUAUUUCACUACAAGGGACAGCCAGAUCCUUUGAAAGGAGAUGCACUUAAUAAGGCUGUGCGGGACACUGCUCACGAGGCUAUUGCUGCUAUCUUUUCAGAGGAAAGUAAGCCCGCACCUGCAGAAGAUCUUAACAGACGAAUUCAAGGUUUUGGGAAUACAAACUAUGAAAUGCCAACAGAGGAAAAGAAAUCGUUUAUUAGUGAGGUAGUUGGUCUUGGAAGUGCAUCUAUCAAGCAGGGGUUUAGCACUUUCACCCAAGGUCAGUCAUUUAAAAAGAAUGACAAUGGAAGCUACAAGAGUCCUAAUCUUCAUAGGUCAUUGACUAUGGAAGGGAAAGCAGAUAAAUAUGAACCAUUUCAGUAUCCCAAUCAGACUCAGAGUAGUUUUGGAAAUUCAAAGAAUGUGGCUAAUGGACCCUGGGGUGAGGACUCAAGGUCAACCAAGCCUGAACUAACUAAUGGAGAUUCUAGUUCAAGUUAUAGAGAGAGUAAGACCCGUGAGGAGAGGUUGUUGGAGACCAUUGUAACGUCAGGUGGUGUACGCUUACAACCCACUCGAGAUGCUAUUCAGGUUUUCCUUGCAGAGGCGGGAAAAUUGGAUGCGGUAGCAUUAAGUCUUGCCCUUGAAUCAAAGCUCCAAUCUCCUUUGUGGCAGGUGCGCAUGAAAGCUAUCUGUGUUCUUGAGUCAAUAUUGAGGAGAAAGGAUGAUGAGAAUUUUUCAAUUAUUGAAUCCUAUUUUAUUGAGAACAGAGAUGCUGUAGCGAGAUGCUCAGAGUCUCCCCAAGCUUCUUUGCGAGAAAAGGCUAACAAGGUUAUAAACCUCUUAGGUGGAGAACAGACAGGAAGUGUGGCAGGUAAUUCUGAAGAGCGUGGGAAGGCUCAGACUACUGCCGUUGUUCAGAUGCCUGACCUGAUAGACACUGGUGAUCUAGAUGAUUACCAUGGAACAGAUGCUGCAGAGAACCAAAAUGAGCAAGUCAUCACAAACUUAACUGCACCACCCCAACUGAUAGAUGAUUUAUUUGGAGAUGCCCAAGGGAAUGUCGUAAGCACCAGUGAACUGAAAAAUGAGGAUGAUCCCUUUGCUGAUGUCUCAUUCCACACUAAUGAAAGUAAAGAACAUGUAGAUGAUCUCUUCUCUGGGCUUACUAUUGAUGAUAAACUAGAUGCUCAGGAGGAUGCUAUCGGAGGAAAGAAAAAUGGAUCCGAAAUAUUUGAUAUUUUUGGUCCUAAUCCUGAACUUCCGCAUGAGCAAGAUCAUACUAAUAAUUUGAACAAUUUAAUGGUUGGUUUAUCUAUUGAUAAAGAUGCCUCUAAGAUGGAGCAAAAGGGAACCUCUCCUGGAAUAGUAUCUGAUAGUCUUUUGUCAGACUCCAGUAGUCAACCCAGCCAUCAGGUCUCCACGGAUGCUUGGAGUGGAAUUCUCAAUUCUCAAACAGAACGGACGAGUGAAACUCCAAUAUUUCCUCCAGGUGCUAUUCCUUACAAUGUACCUCCUGGCUUUAUGUUCAACCCAGCCUUUUCUUCUCAGCCAAUAAAUUAUGGUGCCAUGGGAAGUCUCUUUGCUCAGCAGCAAUUCCUAGCGACAAUGUCCAAUUUCCAACACCUUGGGAACCUCAAUGCUCAAAAUCCAAACUUAAGUCAAGUUGCUGGAACAAAUGGAGGAUAUAAUCCAGCACUUCCUGAUAUAUUCCAGGCAAAUCAUCUGAAUCAAGCUCCUAGUUCAAUGAUGAACAGUGCAAAGAAAGAGGAUAGCAAAGCGUUUGAUUUUAUCUCAGACCAUAUUGCCGCUGCUCGUGAUCCCAAGAGGGUAGUCUAAGGUUUUCAUAUUGUGUUUCAAAGCAGCAGGUCAGUCUCUUAGAAGCAAAAGGAGCAAGUAGUUGCUGUGAAAAGGAACAUUUGCACAUGUUGCUGAACUUAUUUCCUUGACGAGUCAAUGCAGUGAUAAGGGCAAAUUAUCUAGGACCGCGGAUGAAAAUAGUAAACAUAUUUCUCUUCAUUUUCCAGAUUCAGAGGGUGAAGAGAGCGAGCAUGUUCUGUAGUUAGCUUUGCUAGUUUUUUAUUGUAAUGCAGGCGCAGAUUGCAGCCCUCUUGUAAUGGAUUUGUAGAGUGCCUUUUACCCUCCUCCCCCUCCCACAACCAAGCCCCCCUGCCGUUUUCUCUAUUACUUUUCCUUCUCUUUUUUACUUGCCUUUGUCUCAUCUCCCAGAAAAAAUACUUGUGGUAUAUGCAUUUGGAUAUAGAAAAGGAAUAAGAGAACAGUAACUUCGUCUUCGUUGGUUA